AAAAAAACAGUUUUUUUCAAUAUUUCCCCCACUCCGUAACUUUGACAGUCAGUUGUUUAGAAUUGUCAAAGCUGUUCAAAAUAUUUAUUAAUUUCCCGUGUUUUAUAAUUAAUUAGAAUUCCAGUAAGUGUGUGCAGUGAAAGGUAUUUCAAAAUGUCAUCGACGGUUCCUCUCAUCCUGGAGGAAGACUGUGAGCGAGGGGGCAAAGACAUGGACGAGGAAGGCAUUGAGAACGACUUCGCUUACCGCAAUAAUGUCAUGCAGGCCUCCAAAGCCAUUCGUUUGGGGUUCAUUCGGAAAGUUUACGGAUUACUUAGCAUGCAAUUGCUUUUGACUAUUGUGGUAGCCUCAAUUUUUAUGUUUACACCACAGAUUAAGAGUUUCGUGCAUGAAAAUGAAUGGAUGAUAUUGAUCUCAUUUAUUCCCAGUAUUUUUUUGCUUAUUGCCCUCAUCGUCAAAAGACGGGACACCCCUGCUAAUUUGAUUCUUCUCGCAGCAUUUACAGUAGUUGAGGCCUACACUGUUGGUGUUAUUUUGACUUACUACUCCCAAGCAGUGGUGCUUCAAGCACUUCUCUUGACUUUGGUCAUAGUUGGAAGCUUGACUUUCUACACUUUCCAGACCAAACGUGAUUUCUCAGCGAUGUAUUCAGGUUUAUUCGCAGGUCUGGGUAUUUUGAUUGUCGGUGGAUUUUUACAAAUCUUUUUCCACUCAAAUACAUUUGAAAUCGUCAUCUCGUUAGGGGGUGCGUUCUUAUUCUGCCUGUUUAUUAUUUUUGAUACACAAAUGAUGAUGAAAACCCUGUCCGCUGAAGAGUACAUUUUGGCCACUAUCAAUCUCUAUUUGGACAUAAUCAAUUUAUUUUUGUAUAUUUUGCGCAUUUUGCAGGCGCUGAACCGGCAGUAAUUACAAUUGUGCUUUUUAUUUCGCAGAUUAAAGCAAAAUUACUGUACUUUUUGCACAAUUUUUUAUUUUGUUUCUAAGAAUAGUGAGUUAUUGUUCCUGGAGGAGUGCUGUAAUUACUUAAUUUGCACAUUUUUUAAACAAAUUGUGAUAAUGUGUACUGAAGUGUUGAAAUGAAAAUCGUUCAAAAUUAUUUUAUGUCUACACUUUCAUAUGUUGUGUAAAAAACUGUAUAAUAAAUAAUUAAUUUUA